UACGCAUGCGCGCGCGUGGGUCGACUCGGCCCCCGCCGCGGCCAAAUCGCGCUUCUGCGCAGUUGGUGUUAUUGUGACUGCCGGGCCGUGGCCCCGGAUGUUGUGGCUGCUGGAAGGGAGAUGGAGGAGGCCGAAGGGGUGGCUGCGGCCCCGGGCCCAGCUUCGGGGUUGGCUUUCAGGGGCCGCCGAGCUAUGUCCGGCUCCUGGGAGCGCGACCAGCAGGUCGAGGCGGCGCAGCGGGCCCUGGUGGAGGUGCUGGGGCCCUACGAGCCUCUGCUGAGCCGGGUGCAAGCAGCCCUGGUGUGGGAGCGGCCCGCCAGGAGCGCCCUGUGGUGCCUGGGGCUGAACGCAGCGUUCUGGUUUUUUGCACUGACGUCCCUGCGUUUCGUGUUUUUACUUGCAUUCAGCUUGAUGAUCAUUGUCUGUAUUGACCAAUGGAAGAACAAAAUUUGGCCUGAGAUAAAAGUGCCAAGACCUGAUGCAUUAGACAAUGAAAGUUGGGGUUUUGUGCACCCUCGGUUGCUCAGCGUGCCCGAGCUCUGCCACCAUGUAGCUGAAGUCUGGGUUAGUGGGACCAUUUUCCUAAGGAAUCUUUUGCUUUUCAAAAAGCAAAACCCAGGCAAGUUCUGCUUGCUGAGCUGUGGGAUACUGACCUUUCUGGCCAUGCUGGGCCGCUACAUCCCUGGGCUCUUGCUGUCCUACUUGAUGCUUGUCACUGUGAUGAUGUGGCCGCUGGCUGUCUAUCACCGACUGUGGGAUCGAGCCUCUGUGCGACUGAAGCCAGCUCUGCAGCGGCUGGACUUCAGUGUCCGUGGCUACAUGAUGUCCAAGCAGAGAGAAAGACAAUUGUGCCGCAGAGCUCUACACCCAGAACGUGCCCUGGACAACCACAGUGACAGUGAAGAGGAGCUUGCUGCCUUCUGUCCCCAGCUGGAUGAUUCUACCGUGGCCAGGGAAUUGGCUAUCACAGAUUCGGAGCACUCUGACGCUGAGGUCUCCUGUACAGACAACGGCACAUUUAACCUGUCAAGAGGCCAGACACCUCUAACAGAAGGCUCUGAAGACCUAGACGGUCACAGUGAUCCAGAGGAAUCAUUUGCCAGAGACCUUCCAGACUUCCCUUCCAUUAAUGUGGAUCCUGCUGGCCUGGAUGAGGACGACGACACCAGCAUUGGGAUGCCCAGCGUGAUGUACCGCCCCCCACCAGGGCCUGGGGAUAGCCAGGUCCUGCCUGCUCGUCGGGAAGAGGCUGCACUGCCAGAGCUCCUGCUUGGGUCCCUUCCUGGAGGAUCUAACCUCACCAGCAACCUUGCCAGCCUAGUCUCCCAGGGCAUGAUCCAGCUGGCCUUGUCAGGGGCCUCCCAGACAGACCCUUCUGGCCCACCUCCCCGAAGAGCAACAAGAGGCCUCCUCCGGGCCCCUAGUUCAGACCUGGACACUGAUGCUGAGGGAGAUGAUUUUGAACUUCUGGACCAAUCAGAGCUGAAUCAGCUAGACCCUGCCAGUUCCCGGAGCCAUUGAGGAGAGACUCCUUUGAGGGGGUCACUGUGAUGUAGGGUUUUUUUUCUCCCCACCCCACUUACUGUGACGGGGCAAGGGAAGAACCCAUUCUUGUUCCCUGAAUUUUAUUUGUGCAUUGGGUGGCCUGGCUGGUGCAGAGGCCUGCCGAGAGAACAUAGUCAUUACCUUGCUGCCAGCUAGACACCAUUUCUGUGCUUAGUCACUGACAUGAGGACGCUCGCUCCCUCAAGAGAGACUUCGCUCCAUUAGGGUGGCACUACACACGGGCAACCGAGGAGGGAUAUUGAUUCCCCUUGAGGAGUCAAUAUCGAAGCGGUAGUGUUGUUUGCUUUUAGGUCUGGGUGCUCAGGGGUGCUCACUGAUACAAGAGCCCAUCUUUUCUCCACCUCAUGGGAGCCACAGAAGUCAGGCAGCAGCUACAAGAGUUGUUAUUUUGUCUUUUACCGUGAUUUGAUUUGUGUUCUCAAAGCAAGUUUGUGCUUUGGUUCUGCAGAGCAGGCCCACUUCCUGUCCCUGAGCCCAUCUUCAUUUCUCCAUGGCUGACUCUCAGCACUGCAGAGUGCUUGCAGAAUUUAAGAAAUGUGAACGUGAGGUGGGGCUGAGCCUCUUCUGUGUCACCUUGAGCUAUAGGAUCAGAUGGCUGGUAGGGUUGGUGAGUGCCUCUCUGUCUUGAGGUCUCAUGGAAUCUUUUGGAGCUGUGUGGUUGUCUUUGGUGCUGUUAACCCCUGGCUCCAUUUGACCAUCCAUCUGAGCAGUGAGUAAAGCAAUAUCAUGUCCAUUUUUAUGUUCCUGUUCCUUCCCCUGCUCCUCCUCUGGAGAAGCAAUAUUCCACAGGGAGUGGCAAAGUAGCACUUUACAAAUGGCUGUGGCAUUCAUCCCAGGAGCACCAGCUCUUCUUGUACCAGCUCUUCUUACCAUACUGCUUCCUAACUCCUUUAAGGAUGAGCCCAGAUAGUAAGGAUAUGUUGGUAAUAAGCAGAGACCCCUCUGAAGGGUAUGUGUUCUGCAGUCCCUAGUCAAAUCAUGUGAAACAAAAACCCCCUAAAUGAUCAUUGGUUCUAACUCUGCCAGCCUACUGCCUCUCUGUCUCCCAAAUCAGAGCUCAAGCCAAAUUCUCCACCCUCUUUCCCUCUUGCAUUAACCCUUUCUGAUCCUCAGGGACCACUCCCCCAGCACCCCCAUAUUUGGGUGAGGGAUGUUGGACAGAGCCCAUUUUCAUGUGCUGCAGGUUGGGGGUUGUGCUAACACGUUUGCUCUUGGUCGAUGGACAAGGUACAGAGGCCAGGGAGUGAAAAUACUUAACAGUGAGAAGGGGAACGGCUAGGUGCCUGUUCCUAGUCACUGAGAGUGAGAGUUAGGGGCAAUGGCAUCUUCCCAUUUUAGGGUUCUCAAAUGCUCUGGAUAUCUCUUUCCUUAGAGCCAGAUGUCCUACAGGUGAGCUCCAUGUGGACAAACAUGGGAGGUGAGGGAAAGGAGUGGGAUUUCGCGUGUUGCAUGAAUGUGUGUAGCUUCAUGCCUGGGGAGUUGGCAAGAGGAAGAGGGAAGGAAGGAGAGCAAAAUCCAGGAGGUCUUUCUUGUGCCCGUGGGAUCCUGCUCUGAAUCUCCCGAAUCCUCCACUGUGAAUUGGGGGUGGGAUGGGGGGUGCUGGGGAAUAAAUCUUGUAUGAGAACAAUC